AUGUGUCUGCUUCUUGUACCUCCCCCCCCCAGAGCCCAUGCUGCUCCAUGUCCUGCCACCACACUUGCUCUAGCUCUUCACACCACUCCUCCACCUGCUUCCAUAGCUCCUUCACCUGUUGCUCCAGCUCUUUCACCUGCUGCCCCUGCUCUACCUCCACCUCCACCUGCAGCCCCAGCCCUGGCUGCAGCUCCAGCCCCUCCAGCAGCAGCUCCCACCUCACAAGCAGCAGCUCCUGCUUCUCCAGCAGCUCCUGUCGCCUCUCCAGCAGCUGCGGCUGCCUCUCCAGCAACUGUGGCCACCUCUCCAGUGGCUCUGGCAGCCCCCCUGGCAGCGAGGGCUGCCUCUCCAGCUCACCCAGCCCCUCCAGGUCCUCCAGGUCCUCCAGGUCCUUCCCCUGCACCCCCAGCUGCAUCAACUUCAGCUGCUGUUGCUGCAGUUUCUGCUCCUCCUGCUCCAGCUCCAGCUGCCAUGCCAGCUCCAGCUGCUCUUCCAGCUGCUCCAGCUGCUUCCUCAGCUGCCUCAUCUGCAUCUGCUCCUGCUCCUGCUGCCUCUGCCACCUCUGCCACCUCUGCUGCCACCUCUGCUGCCGCUUCUGCAUGUCAGAAAGCCAAAAAAGCCUCUGAUAGGCAUCAUUUACAACAGGCUCAAUGUGGGCUAAGAUAG